AUGGAGGAGAACGUGUGUUUGGAGAAAGUGCUAAAGCUCAUGAUUUCAAACGGUUGCGCGCCCGGAGUAAAGAUGGCGGGCGGGCCGGCGUCCGCCGCACUGCCCGCUUGGAAGAUGGCGGCGCGGGGCAGCCGGAGCGCCCAGAGCCCGGGGGUCCCGGGGGGGCCGCGGCCGGCGGGGUCCCGACCUCCUCCUCCUCCUCCUCCUCCUCCUCCUCCUCCUCCUCGGCUGCUGCCGCCGCUGCUGCUGCUGCUGCUCGUGCUGCUGGGCGGCGGCGGCGGCUGCCUGGGGGCGGGCGAGCAGGAGGAGACGGUGAUCAUCGGGCUGCGGCUGGAGGACACCAACGACGUGUCGUUCAUGGAGGGGGGCGCGCUGCGGGUGAGCGAGCGGACCCGGGUCAAGCUGCGGGUGUACGGCCAGAACAUCAACAACGAGACCUGGUCGCGCAUCGCCUUCACGGAGCACGAGCGGCAGCGCCGGCGGCGGCAGCAGCAGCCGCCGCCGCCGCCGCCGCCGCCCGAGCCGGACAGCGGCCCCCAGCGCUGCGGCAUCCGCACCUCGGACAUCAUCAUCCUGCCGCACAUCGUCCUCAACCGCCGCACGUCGGGCAUCAUCGAGAUCGAGAUCAAGCCCCUGCGCAAGACGGAGAAGAGCAAAUCCUACUACCUGUGCACGUCUCUGUCCACGCCGCCCGUGGGCGCGGCCGGAGGGGCCCUGGCGGGCCCGGGUCUGGCGGGCCCGGCGGCGGCAGGACCGGCGGCGGGGCCCGGAGGGGCGGCGGGAGGCCCCCCGCCGCCGCCCUGGGCCGAGACCACCUGGAUCUACCACGACGGCGAGGACACCAAGAUGAUCGUGGGCGAGGAGAAGAAGUUCCUGCUGCCCUUCUGGCUGCAGGUGAUCUUCAUCUCGCUGCUGCUCUGCCUGUCGGGCAUGUUCAGCGGGCUGAACCUGGGGCUCAUGGCGCUCGACCCCAUGGAGCUGCGCAUCGUGCAGAACUGCGGCACGGAGAAGGAGAAGAACUACGCCAAGCGCAUCGAGCCGGUCCGCCGGCAGGGCAACUACCUGCUGUGCUCGCUGCUGCUGGGCAACGUGCUGGUCAACACCACCCUGACCAUCCUGCUGGACGACAUCGCCGGCUCCGGCCUGGUGGCCGUGGUGGUGUCCACCAUCGGCAUCGUCAUCUUCGGCGAGAUCGUGCCGCAGGCCAUCUGCUCCCGCCACGGCCUGGCCGUCGGGGCCAACACCAUCUUCCUCACCAAGUUCUUCAUGAUGAUGACCUUCCCCGCCUCCUACCCGGUCAGCAAGCUGCUGGACUGCGUCCUGGGCCAGGAGAUCGGCACGGUCUACAACCGCGAGAAGCUGCUGGAGAUGCUCCGCGUCACCGACCCCUACAACGACCUGGUCAAGGAGGAGCUCAACAUCAUCCAGGGGGCCCUGGAGCUGCGGACCAAGACGGUGGAGGACGUGAUGACCCCGCUGCGGGACUGCUUCAUGAUCACCGGCGAGGCCAUCCUGGACUUCAACACCAUGUCCGAGAUCAUGGAGAGCGGCUACACCCGCAUCCCCGUCUUCGAAGGGGAGCGCUCCAACAUCGUCGACCUCCUCUUCGUCAAGGACCUGGCCUUCGUCGACCCCGACGACUCCACCCCGCUCAAGACCAUCACCAAGUUCUACAACCACCCCUUGCACUUCGUCUUCAACGACACCAAGCUGGACGCCAUGCUGGAGGAGUUCAAGAAAGGUAAAUCUCACCUGGCUAUAGUGCAGCGGGUAAACAAUGAGGGAGAAGGGGAUCCAUUUUAUGAAGUUCUGGGAAUCGUCACUCUAGAAGAUGUGAUUGAAGAAAUCAUCAAGUCAGAGAUACUAGAUGAAACAGAUCUGUACACCGAUAAUAGGACUAAAAAGAAAGUAGCCCAUCGGGAGAGGAAACAAGAUUUUUCUGCCUUCAAGCAGACAGACAGCGAGAUGAAGGUUAAAAUAUCACCACAGCUUCUCCUGGCAAUGCACCGUUUCCUAGCAACAGAAGUAGAAGCAUUUAGCCCAUCCCAGAUGUCCGAGAAGAUCCUUCUAAGGCUGCUAAAGCAUCCCAAUGUCAUCCAGGAGCUCAAGUAUGAUGAGAAGAACAAGAAAGCCCCAGAGUACUACCUCUACCAGCGAAACAAACCUGUAGACUACUUCGUUCUCAUUUUGCAGGGGAAAGUGGAAGUAGAGGCUGGGAAAGAAGGUAUGAAGUUUGAAGCUAGUGCUUUUUCAUACUAUGGGGUGAUGGCCCUCACAGCGUCUCCAGUUCCUUUGUCCCUGUCUCGUACCUUUGUUGUCAGCAGAACAGAGUUGUUAGCCGCAGGUUCUCCAGCGGAAAACAAGUCCCCUCCUCGUCCCUGUGGCUUGAACCAUUCGGACUCUCUGAAUCGCAGCGACAGGAUUGAUGCGGUGACCCCGACACUGGGGAGCAGUAACAACCAGCUCAAUUCUUCUUUCCUCCAAGUGUACAUCCCUGACUACUCAGUGAGAGCCCUCUCAGACAUUCAGUUUGUCAAGAUCACCAGACAGCAGUACCAAAAUGCCCUGAUGGCUUCCCGGAUGGACAAAACCCCCCAGUCGUCAGACAGCGAAAACACAAAAAUUGAACUGACUCUUACGGAGCUGCACGAUGGCUUGCCAGACGAGACGGCAAACUUGCUCAAUGAACAGAAUUGUGUCACCCACAAGGCGGCCAAUCACAGUCUGCACAGUGAAGGCGCCAUCUAGAGCCACCGGGCCCCGCGUCCUCUCUCCCGCCCUCUCCUUCACCCACCCACGGCCACCCCACCGUCUCCGCAGGAGCCCGCCCCGCCUCCGCGAGCCUCCCCUCUGACCGCGACUCUCAUCAGUACGGGCUUGGACGCCAGACUGCGUGCUGCGACAUCCUGAGACCAAAGACUGCGUACCCUUUUCGGGAGCGAAAGCGGAAGAGAUGCGAGGGGAUGGAAGUGGGUUGGAGAGCUGACCGAGACAGACUCCUAGGAAGCGGAAGGCGAGAUGGUGGAAACGGUGAAUUUCCUCCUGACAGAAGGGGAUCGGGUUAUUUUCUCAGCUGCAACUUUCAUCCUCGUUUGUUGGCCUCCUUCCUAAUUAUGCAUGAGGAAGCCUCCAAUCAUUGCAAUUUAUAAUUUUUUUUCCAAGCGAUCAGGUUUUUCAGAAACAUCCGGUGGCAUUUUAAGUUGUUGCCCUUCCUCCCAAGCUCGGCCACGAUACCAUGGGGAAUGGACCCCCACUUCCCUUUCCCCCUCACCCCCGCCCGCUUACAGUGGACUUCUCCUUCUGGGUUUUUUCCCCCAGCCUCUCCAGGCCCUCUCUGCCAGGCAGCAGCCCUAAUACUGGCGUGGGUCCACACCUCCUCCGAGCAAAAGCCAAGACAGCCUGGGUUCCCGGCAUCCCUGUUUUGGACCGUGGGCCCGGGAGGAGACAUCGAGUGGCUCCGGACCCUCGUGCCCUAAAGGAAGCUGAGAAUUUCAGUGGGGAAUGUCCCUUGGCUCUCACACUAAAGUAUUAUUUCCUCAGCCAAGUCAGCUUUACCGCAUUUUAAACCCGGGGGGAAAGUGGGGAGGGGGGAGCAGUCACAUUUACCAGAGCAACGCACCAGGUGACCCCAGCCAGCAGGGCCUGCGUCGGCGUUGUGGAGAUCUCAGGUGAAAUCCAGCCCCUGUCCCCACCUUGGUCAGUGUGCAUGUACACCGGAGGAUGGAAUCUCCAAAGCAAAGCUCCCCCCCCACGACUCCCCCCCUUACCGAAGCUCCGAAUUGAGCCCGGUGGGCUCUGAUUCUGUUCGUCACCUCCCAUCUCCCUUCAUCCUCGAAUGUUGUCGACUCAAGAUGCUGCUACGACGAUGCCAAAAGGAAAUCCCCUGUGUGGCUUUGAAGUAGAAAGAUUAUAUGGCCUAGAACCCUGCUCCCUUUCUCACUGAAACCGCCCUAUGCUCUUCAAAGAGAUUUCCCUUGGAAACUCUGCCCUUGGGGUGGUGGUGGUGGGAUUUCUCAGAAGGGCUUUCCUCUUCUCUUUCCGCCCACCGCUCCUUUCGGGGACCCGGGCUCCACAUCCUCCCUUCCGCGGGUCUAACUGCCAAACCUGGGCCUUGUGUCUGGCCGGGAUGUAGGCCUGCCCGGACGCCCUAAGGACAGCUGACGAAUCGUGUCACGGGGGCGUGCUCGGGAGGGGUGGCACCUCCCCCCAAAAGACUCCUCUCCUGUGGCCCGGAUGGGAUAUGUAGGUCAAAAAAAAAAAAAUUCCGAAAGUAAUGUCCAGUGCCCCAAGCCUACGGGCACCCAUCCAAUCUUUGGAAUUACAAGGUUUCAAAAUCCCGGAGGUCGCCAGUGUUACACUCCACUCUCCCUGCUGGCCGUCCGAUGAAAUAUCGCCGUCCGGCACCUUCCGCUGCUCCCCAUCCGCUUUAGCCUGAUGACCAGGAGCCAGCCGGCGCUGGGCAGACGACCCCCGCCCUGGCCCCCCCACUGGUCCCCCACCGGCCGCAAGAUAGCUCGCUCACAACCAGGAGGCCAGAAGCAAAACGUGCUUGCAGGGAAUUGCCUGGGUCUUAAUUUUGUUUUAUCUUCAAACAAAACUCCGUGUCGGGUAGUGGAAUCAAGCUAGGGUGCGUUUGUGGAUGACUGAAUCCUCAGCUUAUUGGCCUUUUGAGUGCUAUCUUAAGGGCAGCGUGAUUUGAGAUGGCAGUAUUAAUAUUUCGAGAUAAACAAAAGAUGACCGUGAUGUGGGUCUGUGUUCCAGAUGGACACCAGCAGAUCAUGUAGCAUCGCCCUGUGGGCUUCGACUUCAUUCCAGCUCCGGCUCCCAUGAUGAGCUCCCCCGUCCUCCCUCUCUCUUGUUUUUCCCUCUAUCUCUCGUUCUUCUCUUCUUCUCUCUCUCUCUCCCCUUUCUCUCACCCCCCACCCCCUCCCCGCACUCCUCUCGCCUUCAUGCCCCAGGGAAGGACAUCUGUCCAUUCUGUUGAUAUCAUUUCCCCGAUUAUCGGUUUGAUGCCAGGCUCGACGGGUGGUUUCUGAGAGAGUGCGAUGUUCUAGCUGCAGCUCCCAGUAGAACACUAGUCUGUCACGGGCUCCGUGGGCCGAGGUUGGGAGGGAGGACGAGAUGGGGGACCCGGCCUUUGGGAGCAUUUAUUUUGCUUCCGGAUGAAAGGUGCAUUUCUGUCACGUGAGCAACACCGAAGCAGAGGUUUCCCCUUCUGACUUUUUCACCUUCCGGAGGGCAUCUAUCCAGUGGAGAUGGUUCAUUGGCCCGCUGAUGAACUCUGCCCAGGUCCACACAUGGGCUAGACCCACUCUGUGGACUGGGACGCAUAGCGGUGGGGGAAAAUCAGCUCCUCGGUUGCUCAGACUCAUCUCCGCUUUAGUUAACUUGAAGCCGUUGUUUUCCUUUUUGCCCUAGUUUUGUUUGUGGAGCCCUGGGGCUUCCCUUUGCUCUGAGGAGGUCAGGAACUUGCAGUAUUAUUUCCCCUGCAGCUCCCCCGAAGCACCACCCGGCUGGCAUUUGCCUCCGUGAGGGUGUCAGCAGCCCUAAAGGAGUCGAUCUUGAGGCCUCGGGGCCAUCGGCCGUGAGUUUGAAGAUCGAGUUCUCCCUUCCCGGCUUUCCAAGACCAUCGGCAGGGAGCCGAAUGUGAGACACUUCCCAACUCCUAUCUGAGACCCCCUUAUCGAGGGCUUAGUUUUAUCUGGGCCCAGCCCUGUGCAACAGUAUUGCUGUGAGCCUCGUAAAACAGAAUCCCUGGAGGGCAGCAUCGUGGGUACCAAACUCCCCAAACAGGAGAGGGGAGUAGAGCGUAGGUACCGCUUCCUGCUCUUGGUUUUGGAUUAAAGGAAGCGGGAAGUGAGAACUACAUUCUGCCAGUGAAUUUGUGUUCAGUUCCAUGAUGUGACCUCUGGAGAGCGUUGCCUUGUAAAGACGCUAGUGAUGGCACCCACGAAAUAAAGUCCCGGGUUGUCAUCCUUCCUCCGCCCUCUCACCCCAGCCUCACAGCCCAGCAGUCUUGGGGGGGAGAGAAUCUCACACAUUUUUGGAAUACAUUUGUUUUGCCAUUUUUAAAAUAGAUAAAACUGAGUCAUGCCUAGGCUGCGUCUUGGUGAAAGACUUGGCCCUCAGGCGAGAGCCAGGAAUCCUCCCAGUAGUAGUAAUUGUAUUUAUUAAGUGCUUACUGUGUGCAGAGCAUUGUUACUAAACUUUGUAGUGUUGUACUAGGCUCCUAUCCACUUGAGCUUCUGAUCAAUACUGCUGACCUGAAGCCCCACUAAUAGCUCGGUGGUCUUUUGCUCUCCUGACAGCUGAGCUCAUGGGGAAAAUCUCUUGAACAAGAAACUCUUACUAUUUCAAACCUACUUAGAGCUUUUGAACUUGAAAAGGUUUAGUCCCAAUGAUAUACUAAUAGAAUGGCCCCCCAAUCCUCUAGACUCUAAGCUUGUUAUGGGCAGGAAAUGUAUUUAAUUCUGCUGUAUUGUACUCUCCCAAGUGCUCAGUACAGUGCUCUGCACGUAAAAGUGCUCAGUAAAUACCAUUGAUUGAUUUAUCGUCUAUAGCGCACUGUUGUCAGAGGUCAGGAGGGCAUGAAAAGUACCAACAGGGGGUCCCUAGUGCCGUUCCAGACUUGGACAGUAUGUCCUUGCUCUCUCUGAUCCCGAAUAACUCCUGGGACUCACUGCCCCAGUGACUCUCAUUCCUCUUGGUGACUAUCUAAAUUUCAAGUCCAGAUUGUGUUCUGGUUGUUCAUUCACCCACAGCCUUGCUCAAGUUUUCAGUAGGCAAGGUCCACUUCUAAUUCCUGACCUUUCGUGAAACUGCGUGCAUUGUUUAUUCCUCGGAAGUGGAGGAUUCUUCGGCUAGAGUUCAGUUUUCUCCCUGAACGCGGUUUGGAUUUGUGGACAAGGUUGCUACUGCCUACGAUUGCUGUUCAGCUUAGUACUAAAGUCAGGGGACAAUGUUUGGAGACAAGAGCGCCGUGAGGAGUGGGCAGCAUUUCUGCCAAAGGCAUUUACAUGAUGAGGUUUUUUGAAGUGAACAAGGGCCUUCAGUGGUCUUGAAGAGCCGCACCUGUAAAUGCAUUUUGACCUUCGUCGAAUCUCUGGAAUGGAAAAAUUGCCCCUUGGUUGUCAUCUGGAUGUUGGAACUGUGACUUUGCCAUCUUUGAGGUAUGAGGAGAGAGUGGUUCUCCUUGGUCUGGGCUGCCUGUCCCAACUUAUGGUGCUUGGUGGUCUGGAGAUGAUAAAUUGCACCGAGACCCUGCUUGGGAAUGAAUCUUCCGAAUAUUUCUCAGCAAACUUGAUAUCUGUUUUUUUGUCCCGGGGAAUCUGAGUCUGACUGACUGACUAGUCCACCUUCCCAUCAGAUGCCACCAAAAGGCUCCUGGCUGUCCGGAGAGAAGACAAAUGCCCAGCUGGGCUGUUAUCUCCGGGGGGGCCUCAGUUGAGCAGGAGCUUGGAGCCUGAGGAGAUGGAAGGUUGACAACCAAGAUGAACCAGAACUUGCUAACCUCUGGGUGGGAGAGUCCCCUUUUCUAGGAAAGUUAAUUAGUGACUCCUUCCAGGUCUUGAAAUAGGCCUGGAUGCCCAGGGAUUUGGAUCUAGGAGUUGGUGGUUUUUCAGAUGUUCCAAUCGCUGGUGAUUUUGGAGGCCAGAAUGAAGAGAAUCUGAUUUGGACAACAGAAGAAUUAGUCCAGUUUGGUGAAGCAAAACAAAUACAGGUUUUUUGGAGUCGAGAGAGGUUUCUUUUUCUUUUUGUCCUUUUUGAGGUUUUUUGUUUGUUUUGAACGCGAAGGCUUUAUAUACUGAUUAGUGGAUUCUGUGUACCUCAGGGUGUAUCUCUUAAUUAUGUCAAAUAAUUUUCCGUCCUAUUUGUGCAAAAUGAUUUGUAAGUUAACGUCAGACUAACUGGGAGGGGUGUUCCUGACUGCUGCUGAGUGAACCAGGCCAGCCUCAACCAGGCUGCCCUCACGAAGAAAUGCUUGAGCUUUCGCCCUGGCCCCAGCCUAGGGCCACAGGAUUUCCUUCCCUUCUCCUUUGGAUCAAUCUGCCACCUUCCUCUGCAUCUUAUUGUUGCAUUUUACAUUGGUGUUCGGUUUUGCCUCCGUGCUGGGGGAACAGUGGACCUGGCUCAUUUAGUUGGGGGUUGGUUAUUUUCUAUCAAAGUUGCCCAUUUGUUUGGACCCUUCUCCCUCCUUUCCUCCCCUCCACUCCCCAACUUUAGCAUUUCUUCCCUGCCCGUCUGCCUGAAUGUUUCCCAGAGAACUCUCGAGGAGACCAGUAUAUCUGAAGGGAUUUGUUGUGAGGACCAUCAGUUGGCAAUCUAUAAAAGAGAGCAAGGCAGGAGACAGGAAUGGGACCGCCAGCUCUUAGGAACGGAUCCUGAGAUCUUAGUACUUGUGAUCUCCAGAGUGUUUGGCUAAGCAGAGUUGUGGACAGAGAGAGAAACCUAAAGAUUCUCCCUAUAUUCUGUUUUCGAUGUCCUGGGCUGGAGUUCGAGGCCCAGUGUUACAGGCCUGGAAUGGAAACCAGUCUUUCUGCCCAAAGGGAAUAGAUAUACCUGAGAGGCACGACAUGUCUGAGUUCCUAUGUAGUUGUAUGAACUCACAGGUACAACUCGGCACUCUACUGUUCCCAGUAGUAAAGAUGAGUGAUUUGAUGAUUCCCCUUAUUUCAUCCCCCACAUUGGCACCUUUACCCUCUGGGACCAAAAUCACGUUCCUUUAAUCUGGGUUCCUCCUCGAGGCCCCGUUCUUUCCAACUCUGAGGAAAGCCGACGGGAUAUCGCCAGGUGUCUGGGGAGGAGGAGGAAGGAGGGAAGAUGUGUAAGUGAGUUUGUUUGUAAGACAUGCGAGUGACGGGGGUCGAUUCUCCCAAAGUGUAAGAUUUGCAGACCCAAACUGGAGAACUUGUCACUAGGCAGAGCAGGUGAUUAGCAGUGGUCAGUGCCAGUGUUAAAGUUCUGAGCUGACAGUGGCCAGAUCCUGAGCUGAUGAAUGGGGCUUUAUUUCUCCUAGGUGCUGGAAAAGUAGCCUCUUACCCUGUGGGUUAAGUGAAAGACCAGAUUCAUUUUCCUCAGAGUGACAGAUGAUUAUCAAAUUCCAUUAUCAUCAUUAAAUUUACCUGGAGUUUUUAACCUCUCCAACCCAUGUUCCAUCCAGUCCUUUCCCUGCAGAAUCUUGGGUGGGGGGAGGGAGGCUCUGGGGCUUCCCCAGGGGAGCUGAACCUUCUAUUCCCUGAUAUGCCCUUCCUGGAUUGUUGUCACUGUGCUGGUUUUUCUUCGUGCCUGAGUCAUGUAACUCCCCCACCUGUUAUUUUAUGUUGUUAUUUAUUAUCCUGUAAAUAUGUCUCGUCUCGUGUCACCCAGCACUCGGUCACCAUGAGAACUUGUGAUUCUUCAGCUUGUUGAACCAUGAAUAUGUAGGGGUUCGAUGUUUCCACGGGGAAGGAAAGGUUAUUUUAAGGCUUUGGAGGAAAAGGGUUUUCACUGUCCCAGCUUCCCCCUUCCACUCGGGUCCAGAGUCUGUAAAUGGACCAGCUGCCAGCAUUCUGCUGCCUUGAAAUCUCAACACUCUGAAAAGCUGUGUUGGCAGCCUGGAUUUGGGGGUUCCACCUCCCCUGGAAUGUUUGAUCCCCAUGGUUUGGGGGUGGCGGAGAGGAACGGCCUGCAGGAAUGUGGCUGAAGUGAGGAUCUCUCCUAAUGAGCGGAGGCUUUGAGGAAGGACUUCCUGAUUCUCCCUUAGAGAGCAGGGAGGCCUCUCUGUUUCCAGAGCAGCUGGAAGGGGCUAGAGCCCGUUGCUUUGUGGGGGGACUUGUAGGGAAAAUUCAAGGUGGGUGGGAAAAGAUGCCGGCAAUGGGAAAGCUCUUGUUUGGAAGUCCUUCUCCUCUGGCAUGCUGCUCAGAUGAAAGGGUGGCUCUGGCUUUGCCAGGAAGCUGAAAGAGCCUCCCCUCAUUCUGAAAUCCCAAAGCCCACUUGCAGAGAGAGUUUUCAGGGCUCCAGUAGCCAGCCGAGCUCCAACCACCAAACCUGGUGAGGGAGUCUUGCCCUGGUGUGGCUUGGCUUGGCUGCCCUCUUUCUGGCCCUGAUCCGUUAGGUGGGACCGGAGACUGCGCCCUCUCGAAGCCCAGCCCAUCAAAUCAACAGCCAUUCCCUCUCCUUUUUCCCCGUCUAUAUCUAAAGUUGCCGCUUGAUCAUGAUAAGAGCUGCCUUUGUGCCGUGUAAACCGACUGACUGUUCGUAUGAUUCCUGAACUGGUUUUAUGCCUUUUAUUGUUAAUGCCUGUGCUCCCUGACUCACCUUUGAAAUUUCCAUAUCGGACCAGAGCAGCAGCCUACAGCCCACCCUCCCAUUCAGAAAGAAUUCCACUGUCUGGCUUAUUUUCCAUCCUAUUCGGUCUUUGUCAUUUGUAUCAUAUUGUACAUUAAAUGGUUUUUCCAAGUUGUAGUAUUCCGAACACGGAAUUCAGAACUAUGUACAUAAACCCGGAGAAGCACAAAUGAAACCGAUGAAUGAAGUGUACACAUUUCAUAAGCUGAUUGUCAUAAUGAAUGCAUUUUAUAAUAUAAAUGAUGUAGAUUUACAAUCUCUUUUAUUUAUUUUGUACCUGAUUUAUUUGUAUAUUUUGUGAUUGUUUAAAAGUUUUUUGUUUCUAUUAUUCUUUUUAGAUAAAUGAUGAUUUUUCUGUUCAGUCUUCCAGCUGCCGUGUUUUUCUGUUCCACCUCCAUUUGUAUUACGCUGCUCAUUCUCACCUCGCACCUCCCACCCCCCAUCCCGUCCCGCCCCCACCGGUCCCCGGCUCACUUAUCAUCUGCACGGCUGGGCUUAACUCUAAACCUCAGCUGCUUGUCUUCCCUGCCACAGUUCCCUCUGCUCUGGGCUGGAGGGAGCAGACUUGUUUGUUGGCCAGUGAAGUGUUGACCAGACCGAUUGGACGAGGGGUGAGUUCCUUUUGCAGGUCAGUAAUUAGCCACCCUCCCACCCCUCCCCGCCCUCUCUCCUCUCCUUCGAGAGCUCCGUGGACUGUCUUGAACGGCCCCCCGAAACUCAGCCGUUCUGCCCUUUGCACAGAGCGGCCCUCCUCAAAGAGGUGAUGAGCCCUUUUCUCCAACCUGGCAGCCCCCCAUGGGGGCCGGGGGAGGUGGUCACGACCUCUGGUCCCUGCCGAGUGUAAGGCUCUGCCAGCGGUAGGGACCAGAGCCCAGUUCGGGGGAAGGUCUCUGGAACCCCACUUGGGGAAUUAAAAGCAGCGAGGGGUCGAGUACGGUCGGCAGAUGGAAGGUGGAGCAAAGGCUCCGUUCUCCUUUACGGCAGAAACUCUCCCCCGUCCGUUAGCAGCAUGUGCCUUGCCUAGUCUCUGUCGCCCCUUUGGCUCAUGUCUGUCUGACCUUCCUUUUUCCCCCUUCCCCUCUCCUCUGUCAGUGGAAUAGAAGGCGGCGGCUAGAGGUUGACCUGACCAGACUUUCAGGUACCCCCAGUUGUUCAAACCCCUGGGCUGCAGCUCUUUGGACCCCCCCCGCUCACCCAUCCAUAGUGGUUUUCUGGCCCUUCUUGAGAGUCAGGCCUUUCUUUGCUUGGACACCUUUCGUGCCGUUUUAUUUAUUUAACUCCAUGUUGCAUGCGUCUGCCUGAGCUGUAAUUUACUUGCAUUUGUCCUGGUUCUUUAUCGAAGACAGCCGGCAGCCACUCUUAUUUAGUGGAGAGCCGGGCCCUCAGCGAGAGAGGAAGAGGUAGCGCCGGGGUCUGUUUCAGCUCCCUGCCCCAACUCCGCGUCAGGGAACCAGUUCGUUCCCUCUUCCCCGUCACACGGUUCCGGCCGAACCCGGGGAUCCUCCGCUUGGAUCAGAAGCUUUCCUUCCUGCGAGGUGAUUGCGGUCCCAGUAGAGAUUAGAGGGAAAGGGGAGGGGCAGCAGCACCCGCCUAACCUUUUGGGACUUCUGCCGAAUGAUGAAAAGGUCAGACUGUCUUGACGCACCCUCCCCACCUAACCAAGGCCUGCCUUUGUGUUGGAAGUUAGAAUGGGAAGUGUUUGUUUCCCUUAGCUGGACUCUCCAUCUCUCUUGUUUUGGCUAGUGCUUUCCCACUUCCCAAGUUUGUCUAGUUUCCAGCUUGACUCAGGAACUGUCUCAAGGAAAGUCAAGGAAAAACUCAGUUUUCGUAAACUCUGAGGAAAAAGUAAUUUUAACACCUGUGAUUUUCACUUUACACAUUUGCGAAUGCAUAAAGUUGUCAGUUAGUUUUUAAGCUUCAUCGGGAAGUGCUUUUUUGGGCUUCUACUCAGCAUCUCAAAUGCGCUCCUUAUCCCCCUCUCAGCAUUUAUAUUUGAUGGUAUCAAAAUCAGUCGAGAGGUUCUUGUGGAGAAAGUGACUGGAGUAAACAGACUGACUUUUUAUGGCCUGGACUGGUUUCUGGAAACUGUGUCAUUUUAUACUUUUUGAAAGGUGAUGACUUUAUUAAAGAGAUGAUUCCUAAUUAAAGCUGAAAAAAAGUUGAAUUAUAUUGAAUGGCUAAUAAACUCUUUUGCUUUCUU